AUGGUUUCUACACAGAGCCAGUCCAAAACACCCAAAGAAGACAAAGAUCUAUUACUAGCAUCACAACUAGCUUGCAUGUCUUUGGUUCCUAUGGUAGUCAAAGCUGCCAUUGAGCUUAAUCUUCUAGAGAUCAUGGCUAAAGCAGGUCCAGGAAAGCAGCUUUCGGCUUCAGAGAUCGCAGCUCAACUCUCUACACAGAACCUAGAUGCCCCUGAUAUGCUUGAACGUAUCUUGCGUUUUUUGGCUAGCAAUUCCAUAUUGACUUGCUCGGUUGUUUCUGGUGAUGAUGGUCAUGUUCAAAAUCUGUAUGGUUUAACUCCUGUCUCCAAAUAUUUUGUUCCAGACCAGGAUGGAGUUUCAUUAGCUCCUUUGCUUCUCAUGAUUAAUGACAAGUCCUACAAGGAAAGCUGGUACCAUUUGAAAGAUGCUGUUCUUGAAGGAGGAAUUCCAUUUAACAAGGCCCAUGGAAUGCCAGUCUACAAGUACCUUGGCAAAGACCCAAGUUUCAAUAAGAUUUGCAAUGAAGCAAUGUUAAGCAUCUCACUCAGUAUCAUGAAGUCAGUUCUUGAGAUUUAUGAGGGAUUUGACAACGUGAACGUGGUGGUUGAUGUUGGUGGUGGACUAGGAGAGAACCUUCACUUUAUCACCUCGAAGUACCCAAACAUUAAGGGUAUCAACUAUGAUUUGCCUCAUGUGAUAGCAAAUGCACCGGAAUAUCUAGGGGUGGAGCAUGUCUCGGGGGAUAUGUUUCUCUGUGUUCCAAAAGGGGACAUCAUCUUUUUGAAGACAAUAAUUCAUAAUUGGAGUGAUGACCACUGCUUGAGAUUAUUAAAGCACUGCUAUGAAGCAUUACCAGAAGAUGGAAAGGUGGUGAUUUUGGAAGCAAUUCUUCCAGAAUCUCCAGAGAGUAAUUUCUUGGAAAAAGACAUAUUUGGGAUGGACUUGUGCAUGAUGGUUCUACAAUAUGGAGGAAAAGAGAGGACACAGAAGGAAUACUCAGACUUGGCAAAGGCCUCUGGAUUUAAUGGCAUUAGAAUGGUCUGUCAAGUUCAUGCAUUCUCCGUGUUGGAAUUCUCUAAAACUAUGUGAUACCAUGCUGAUGAUUCUAUGAUCUCCUUGGCCUACUUCUUACUGGUAAUUUCUUGAAUUUUAUUUUUUGUCUUAUG